AAGAAAAAGAAAAAAAAAAAGAGAAGAUUAUCGUCGAACGGAAACGGGGCGGAGUGGUGUUCAAUUGUUUCGACGAGCCAAAUGAAAUGAAGACAAAUAAACGGAAAAAAAAGAACGAUGCGUUGUUGCGAGUCGGUCUUUCGUGCUGACCGUUCUUGCUCGUUUUAAGUGCGGUGGAUAUAUCUGCUCGAAGGAUAUUUGUGUCGUAGGUUAUAGAAACAUUUCUACGGAGACAGGAGGAACCCGAAAUUAGAAAGAAUUGAUUGCGAAAGAAUCGAUAGUGGAUUAGGAUCCUCUCCGCUCCCCACCCUAUCUCUUCUAAUUUCACACAACAAACUAUUACGAGAGAGAUUCGAUCUUUUUCGAGGUGGCUGUCGACAGGUCGAUCGAACGAUCGAGCAACACAAUUGGCCGUUCGUUAUCGAUUUGUCGCCGCGGAUCGAUAAGCGAUCGUUAGAACCAGUAAACGCCGCUUCUACGCCCGGAAAAUUCGCGACGAAGAGGAAAGAUUUGGAAGAGGGAAAGAGAAUAUGAAUAAAACACUCGCCGUAUAGGAAACAUACUCGAUAGAGGGUUAAAGAAAUCGGAAGAUGUACACGAAUCGGUUAUACACGCUCAUGAGUUUAAUACUACUGACAGUGAUCCUAAUGCCGAUAGCGGGACAUGCACAGUCGGAUAUGUUUCAGUAUGGUCAGAAGGAGCAAUCUAUGUCAGAAAUGCACCAAUAUUGCGGCCGCAUGUUGUCAAGUACUCUAGAGAUAAUGUGCGGUAGUGUUUACAAUCCCCGAUUUAAGAAAAGCAAUCAAGAAAUGGAAAUGGACAAUUAUAUGGGUUACAGUUACGAUCCGCAUUCUUAUCUCAAGUCCUAUAAAAAUGCAGUCGAAAUGAUAAAAUUUCGUAGGAACACGCGGGGAGUUCACGAAGAAUGUUGUUUAAAAUCUUGUACGACCGAAGAGCUGCGCUCCUACUGCGGUGCCCGUUGACGAAUCUUUUUUCUUUUUUUUAAAUUUAAACACAAAACAUAAAAUAUUAUUUGUCUGCUUUUACUUCAAUUUUCAGAUUGUAAUUAUUGUACGGUCGUUUCUUUUUUUAAAGUUAAGAAAUAAUACUAAAUAAGCAAGUACUUAUGUAUGUGAUGAAAAUUUGCUAAUAAUUGUCAGUUUCAAUCGCGUUGGUUCGACCGAUUGAAACGUUAUAAAAUUUAUUGAAAAAAUUUGAUCUCAUUUAGUGUACUUAACUCUACAUUGUGCGAGACCAAUGGUAAUCAUUAAAUAUGUCUUCACGUACAAAUGUGUCUUUCUUUAAAGAUGUACAAUUCAAAAAGAAAGGAUGAUGACAAUCAGUAGGUGAAAAUUUUUUGAAAAUCUUCAUAUUAUGUGCAUAAAUAUUUGAUGCGGAAUGGAGACAGAAGAAAUUUAUAAUCUUACAAUUUUUCCACCAGUUGUAUCCAAAUUUUCAGUUCAAUGGUCUACGGAUAAUCAUAUAUCAAUCCUUACUGAGGGAGGAGUUCACAUAUUUGAGUUAAUACCUUCUCCAAUGUCUCCUUGUUCAACUAUAAAGUUUAUUAGAACUUUUAUUUAUGCACCUACAACAUUACCAACGGAAAAUAUAUCUAAGAGAAUAGAAUCUAAAAUUUGGGAUAUGCAACGUGAAGCACUUUAUUCCUUUAUGAUGGAAGAGAGUAUAACUCCAAAAUUAUCUAAUGUAAAAGAAAUAGUACCAAAAAUAAUUAACUUAGCAUGGUCACCACAAAAUUUAAUACAUCCCAGUAAGUGUCUUAUUGCAAUUUUAACUUCAGCAGGUGCUAUUACAAUUGCAUAUAAAAUUUUUAAAGAUUGGUAUUCUGCAUACGAUUUGUCUCCUAUUCGCUAUAACUUUAUGGAACAAGAAAUUGAUACAAAACUAAAGGAGGCUAAAAGUAAUUCAACUUUUGGAACAUUUAAGAAUUGCUUGAAAGCAUUACAAGCUUCUUGUUUUACUUGGAGCAAACUUUUUGUAAAUUUCUCAUAUUUCACUGUUACAUAUUUUAAUGGAGAUGUAAUUAUUUAUAAAGUUCCAAAGAUAUUCAAUUAUAAUGAAAUGCCAAAUCUUAAGAUUGUGGGAACAAUAAGAUUAAAUGAAUAUAUAAAAAUAAAUGCUUUAAACUGGGUUACAAUUGAUGCAAAAAAGCAUUUAAUUAUUAUUGGAUAUAUUGAUGGACGUAUUUAUGGUCUUAAUGUUGAAGAUCAUGAUGGAAAUUUGGAACUAAAAUUCAUUGAGAAGUACUACGAUUAUAAAGAUCGUAUUUCUAUUAACGCUUUAAGAAUAUUUCCAGAGAAUGAUUUGGAUAUAAAGAUUUUGGUUGCAAAAGGCAACUUUUUGUUUUUGUUAUGCAUUGCGAAAAAUGGUACAUUAAAGUCUAUGGAACAUUUGCAAUUAGAAGGUUUCACGAUUUCGGGAAUAAUUUGCAUAAGUGAAAAUUAUGCGUUAGUCACUACAGAAAAUGGUUUAAUGUUCCCAGUUAAUAUCGAAGAAGGUCAAUUUUUAAAAACGAAAGUAAAUAAUAAAUUAUCGCAAAAUCAUGUUCGAUACCUAGGUCUCGCACAUUCUCCAAGUUGUGUAAUUUUUGUAAAAGUAACUAGUCCGGAUACUAUAUACGAUCAUUUAGUACAGAAAGAACCAACCAAAAUACAUAUGUUUUGUUUAAAAAAUAGAAACUGGGAUCCAUCGGUUAUUUUAAAUGAAAGGAAACAGGAGAGAUUAGAGCAAUUCUGGGAUUGUUUAGAAGCCAUUAGAAUGAAAGCAGUAAAAGCGUCAAAUCCGUCGACUGUUUUACUAAAAAUUCCAUCCAAUUUAGAAUCAUUGUCUUUGCAUGAAUUACGAGUAGCAAUGUGGUCAUCUGUAAUGAUGAAAAUUUGUGAAAAGAGAAAAAUCAUUCAAGGAGUAGGUAAUAUUACUGGAGAAAUAUCGGAAGCUCAACCCUUGAUUUUUAUCCAUACUGCGUGCAAUUACCUUACGCAUCUUGAAAGCAAAUCUUUUUUAUCAGAACAACAAAAACUUUCUAUGCGUUUAUUAAGGAUGUAUUUAGAAAUUUAUAUCGCUGGAGAAGAAAAAGGAGGAGAAAAAAUAACUCUGUUUUCCAAACGUGUUAAAGAUGUUCUUAAAAGAACGUCUGGAUUCGAUUUGGAUAAUAACGAAGUUUGCAAUUUAUGUGGUAAAGUUAUAAACGAACUUUCCUGGAAAGUCACCAAGUGCACAGAAGGUCACAUAUUACCUAGAUGCGCUAUUACCCUUUUGCAAAUAACUACCGUUCAGUACAGAAUAUGCCCGAUAUGCGGUUUAAUUUUUCAUCCGUGUUUGGACCAAGAGUUUGAAGAAACGAGGUGUCUUUUCUGUGAUAUUCCUACGCUCGAGGAAUACCGAGUACUCGAUGUAAAGUAUUGCAUUCCAAAGGAAAAGAACUUGUCCAGAUUACAAAGUCAUAAUCCAAGGGCAUCAGAAAAUCAAGAAAUGGAGAUAGCUGAUGAAUUUUAAAAUGUAUAAAUUAAAAAUAAAUAAUGUGAUAUUGUAAUAAAUAACAUAAUUUUAUGUUAUUAAUCAGGAUUUGUUAAAAUAAUAAUUUUCUGAGAGAAAAUCAGAAAAUUAAACUUUCAUCAGUAGAAAUAUUAAUUCUUAGAUGUUUA